AUGAUAGUCAUUAUUUUUUGGAAAUUCCAAUUUCUUGACCCUAACAAUAAUAUUCCAAGUCUGCGAGCAGAUUUAGCGGAAAAGAUUUAUUCUAAGCUUACUGAAUUUUCUUAUUGUACGUUUUCUAAUAUGGUCAUUUUAGGUCGCAAACACUGUAGAAACAUCCGACAAAAGAAGAGUUUAGAUGGUUUUUAG